UGGACUGCUGGUGUUAUACUCUAUAUAUUGCUAAGUGGAGUCCCGCCUUUUUGGGCAGAAACUCAGCAAGGGAUAUUUGAUGCUGUGUUGAAGGGAUAUAUCGACUUUGAGUCUGACCCGUGGCCUGUGAUAUCUGACAGUGCUAAAGACUUGAUCCGUAGAAUGUUAUGCUCCAAGCCUGCAGAACGGUUGACCGCUCAUGAAGUCUUGC